AUGGCUAUUCUCAUCAAUGAAGAAAUAACUUUUAAUUUUGAGGAAGAAUUCGAUAACAAUUUCUCAAAAAUCAAAGAAAGAUUUCAACCAUUUGAAUUACAAUUAAAUAAAGAAGGUGGACUUAAAAGUCCAAGUCUACAACCUCCACUUAUUGUGAAGAAUAUUUAUGAAUAGGAUUCUUAUGUUUAGGAAUAGUAAUAAAUAUAUCAUAUAUAUUAGACAUCAAGGUCUAUUUAGUGAAUAUUUAUUUAUUUAAAAUGAAAAUAGAAGAAAAACCUAUUAUGAAGAAAAGAAUAUAUAGCAAAGUUAACAAUAGGAAUAUAAUUAAAAAUGUAAAGAAAAUAAGGUUAAAGUAAUGAUUUGUAUUACCAUGUAUUCAGAACCAAUUAGUGAAUUAAAGAAAACUCUUAAAGGAAUUGAAGAUAGUUUGCAAUCCUUUUAUUCUAUAAAUUAUGCCCCACAUCAAAUAGCAGUUUUUGUUAUUUUUGAUGGUAUCGAAAAAAUCAGAGCAUAGAAAGAUGAAAAUGGAUUCUUCUCAGAAGAAGAUAUCAUUCGUAAAAUUUUUUAUUUAUUUAUUUAAAGCUUAUUUUAAAGAGACAUUUGAUACUGCUUAUGAAAUUAAAGGAGAAUAAACCUUAGAGAUGUAAUAUUAAAUUUAUAAGCGUAAAACAAAAAUUAAAUCCUCUUAUUCUGUUGAAUAAAUUAAGUAAUAUGAAUAAUAAAAUAUGCUUGAUAAAAAAAUAGAAUAAGAUAAAGAAUUAUUGAGAGUUGAUGUUAAAAAUUUAUCAUAUUUUUAAAAAAAGGAAUAUUUGAAUAAUUAAUAUAAAAAGGCUUAAGAUUAUGUUAAAGAUAAAUAGAAUAAUGCUUGGGUAUAUUAGAAUACAUUUAAAAAAUUGAUUAAUACCCAGGAAAAUAAUUCAAUCAAAACUUAGAAAAAUGAGAUGCCUAUUUUUUAUGUAUUUAAAUAUUCAAAUGGUACGAAAUUAUCUUCUCAUUUGUGGUUUUUUAAAGGAUUUUGUCAUGAGUUUAAUCCAAAAUAUUGCGUUUUAAUGGAUUGUGGAGCUGUUCCUAAAAAGAAUGCUCUUUUUGAAUUAAUAAAUGAAAUGAAAAAUAACAAAAAAAUAGGUGGAGUUUGUGGUAAAAUGACAAUUUAAUUAAAUCGUGAAUAAGAAAAAGAAAAUGAUGCUGAAUUUAUGGAUCCAUUAAGUAGAUUCUUUAAUAGAGUUUUUAGUAUUGAAAGAUGUUAAAAAUUUGAAUAUGAUUUAGGAAAUAUUUUUGAAAAAUAAUUAGAAACAACAUUUAAUUAUGUUUAAGUAUUACCUGGAGCUUUUUCAGCUUAUAGAUAUAAAGCUUUUAAAAUUUAAAAUAAUGAUUUAGAAGGAAAUACUAAUAAUAAUUAAACUAUCUUAGAUGAAUAUUUAAGAUCUAUGCUAUCAACAUAAAAUUCAUAAUUAACUUUAGAAGAGGCGAAUAUGUUUUUAGCAGAAGAUCGUAUAUUGUGUUUAUUAUUAUUUUGUAAUAAUUAAUAUUUAAAGUAUGUGAGAACUGCAUGUGUUGAAGUUGAUGCUUGUCCAACUCUUAUAUAAUUAUUAUUUUAGAGAAAAAGAUGGAUUAAUGGAUCUUGGUUUGCUCUUAAUCAUGUUUUAAGUUAAUUUAAAAUCAAAUUAUAAAAUAGCAAACAUUCAACUUGUGAUAAAGUAAAGUUCAUAUUUUGUUUAGUUUUAGCAAGUUUAUCUUAAAGUAAUAAUUUUAAUUAUAAUUUUAAGUUUUAUAAUAUUUUGCAAUCACUUUUUAACUUAUAUGGUUGUAUAUGGUCUUGUAUUCAAUAACUUCUGAAUUAGACCCAUCAAUAUAAUUUACACUCAAGUCAUUGGGACUAUUUUUAUACAUAUUUUUAGUAUUCUACUUAAUCUUUUUAGUCAUGUCAUACAAUCCAAGUAUAACAAAUUAAAUUAAAGAUGAAAGAACAAAAGAAACUUGGAAAAUCAAAAUUAAUUUAGCAUUCUAUUCCAAGUUUUAUUUAAUUUCUACUAUUUUUGGAAUAUAUAGUAUACUAACAUUAAUAUAUACUAUUUCCUUAAUCUACAAUAAGAUUUUAACAGAGUUAUCACUUAAAGAGUUAUUAGAACAUCCAGAAAUUUUAACAUCAUACCUGUACUUAUUUAUUAUAUUUACACUACUAUUUUCUCUUUUACCUUUUUUUAUUUAGAUGUUUUUAGAUUUUUAAACGUUUCUUGAUUUAAUUAAAUAUUCACUUCAUUACAUUUAUUUUAUGAAUGCUUAUACACACUUAUUUUAAAUUUAUGCAUUUUGUAGAAUUGAUGAUUUAUCUUGGGGAACAAAAGGAUUAAUUGGUGAUAAUUCUAAAGUAAAUAAUUCUUAUAGCCUAUCUAAAUAUAAAUUUGUAGCUAAAUGGAUUUGUUUGAAUUCUUUAUUAAUAACUAUUAUUUUUGGAAUGUUUUACAUGAAAAUCGAAUUACUCUUUCAAGGUUUAAUAUUAACAUUUACAGUUAUUUUAUUAUUAAUUUCUUUCCUAAGAUUUUUAGUGUUAUUCUAUUAUUAAGUUAAAGAAACAAUUUACUGCUUAAAGUAAAAAUCAAAUAAAGUUAGACAGGAUCCAAAUCCACCUGAAGCUCUAUCUAAAACAAGAAGAAAAGUAGAAUAAUAUCGUCAAUCAAUUAUAAAAUCAUAUUAAUAGUCUGAAAAUUAGAAUUAUAAUAAUUAAUAUUAGUCGAAUUGA